CAAGAUCAAAAUGACGCCGUUGCAAAGUGUCACUCUGUGUGUCACGCGUGUCGCAUGGUUCACGUCAAAACAUCAGCUGGUCAGCUUGUGAAAACAGACAGAGACAAAAGCUGCACAAAUACCAAUCAGACUUUCAAGACACUCAACCUCACCAGGACCUUCCUACACAAAACAAAUCAACUCCACCGCAUAUAGCCUGACCACAUCACCUCCGCAUCCCGGACCUGUGGGGCACUAGAGGCUGUGACACACAGCCUACACUGCCCCAACAAACCCCCAAGAAGAAGAAGACAAAGACAAAACAGUGAACAAGAUAGACAAAAUGUGUAAGUGAUGGAGCGUAGGAGAAGACGUGAUAAUUUACAAGCGAUAUAAAGCGGAACAGGUGAAAAGAAGCAGCUAGGUGGCUACUUGGCCAGGCCACAUCCAGACACUGCUCCACCACCACCACCUUGCCUGUCACCGUUUCACUGGUGUGUGCUGGCCUGAGGAAGACAGGGCAGCUGUGUGGUCUGUAUGGCCCUCCAGGACUCACAGGGCCUCCCAGCAGACUAGUGUAACGGCUCCUCGCAGCACCGUGUCCACCUUUGGUCUGCCUUGCACCUGCCUGGAGGACAGGCAGGACGCGUUGACAACUACCACAUCUGUGACACAGUGACACCUUCAAAGGUCUCCAGGACUCACCGCAGCCCCACAACAUCAACACCGAGUCACCUGCACCAUUGCAAUCAAUCAAGGGACCAAGAUGGUUGUGCAAGACAAAGGCCACUCCUACCUGAGGCUGCUGAUUGUGCCAGCAGCCUUCACUGGUGCCUCCCUCUUCCUCUGGCUGCUCUUCAUCAAUAGACCCCAAGUCAAAAGUGGCAGCAGCCUAGAUAUUCAUUUUCCUACGUCUCUCAAAGACCUCCGUGAGCUUGUAGAGACAUCAGCCACUUACAAGGAGGACCACUGGUACUAUGUCUUGUUGCUCUUCUCUUCAGCCUACAUAUACAAGCAGACCUUUGCCAUUCCAGGAUCAGCACUCUUGAAUCUUUUAGGUGGAGCCCUGCUGGGUUGCUGGCCUCUGGGUUUUCUUCUCUGCUGUUUGUUAACUGCUGUAGGAGCCUCAAAUUGUUUUCUGCUGUCCCGCCUUGUUGGAGCCGAUAUUGUCCAGGCCAAGUUUCCAGCAAAAAUCAAGUGGCUUCAGGAGAAGGUGCAUGAGAAUGAGCAUCAACUGUUUCUGUUCUUGGUGAGCCUGCGAGUGUUUCCCAUGACGCCCAACUGGCUCCUCAAUGUGAUUGCUCCCUACGUUGGUGUGCCGCUGCCCAUGUUCUUCCUCUCAGUGUUAUUUGGCUUGUUACCGUACAACUUCUUGUGUGUGCAGGCGGGAGAGGUGCUGUCAGACGUGCAGUCCAUGGAUGACGUGUUCACACCCAGGACACUCUUGGGACUCAUCACCCUUGCUCUUGUCAUGUUCUCUUUGUCUUAUUUUACCCGAAAGAGUAAGAUGAAACGUAGUGAAUAGGCAUAUUAAUAGAAAUUAAUGUACAUUUAUUUCAAAGUCAAGAAUUUCUUUGGGUCAUAAUUAGAAAUAAUUUAUUCUUUUAUGCAAAAAAAACCCAUUGGAUUGAAGAGUUUUAUGAUAUAGUAAAACAUCAGCAUAAUGAAUAAUGAUGUGGUGAAUAUCAGAUUGAACAAACUCCCAAGUCCUUAGAACAAAUUUACUAUUUAACAAAUCUUAGGUCAUUAAAAGCAGGCAAUUCCACUAAAUGUAGCUGUAAGUCUCAAGUCUCUAAUAUUUGUUAUCAAUUAGAAACAUUUUUUUGUUGCUUUAAAUAUAGGAGUGUAUAGGACAGUCCACCAUGGAACUGAGUGGCUCUGGUUAUUAGGAAUUGCUGCAGUGCUCAUCAGGUAAACUAGUUGCUGAAUAGUCCACAGAGACUGACAGUAGUGGUAGGAGGGGAUGGAGAGACUGACAGUGGUGGUAGGGGUGGCUGGGGAAACUGACAGUGGUAGUAGGGGUGGCUGGGGAGAGUAGAGGUGUUUCCAAAUGUAAUAGUAUUAACAGUUCACUUGUUUUUAAUUGAUGCAGUUUAAUUCAAAGCACAUAUCUAAUGACUACUACAAGUACAAGUGGUUGGACUUCUUUGAUGUUAUUUGGUGGAGCAUAAGACAGUUCCUCUCCACUGGGGACCAAUAGGGCUAAGAAUGUCUUGUCUGAGCCACCCCUUGUUGGGUUGCUGGCCUCGUGUAUAGAUAGAUAUUAGAUAGACUAGUGUUCUAUAGAACACAUUCCACAUACUAGACAAAAUAAAAUGUCAUUGAUGUUAGAAGCAAAAGUAUAUAACUGAGAGAGUAUAUCACACCAUCACUACCAUUCCCCAAUCGGUGUGCAACUUCUAGGAUCUCCAUCUGUGUCAGUCUUUUCUCAGUGCAGUGUUGUGAGUAUGGUAUAGUGCCAAAGGCCUCUCGAGGUGCUAGGAUGGACCAGUGGUGCUGGUGGUGAAGCCAAUGCUAACUUCAUAAUAGAAGAAGAAAAGUUAUUUAGUGAUUUUUAUUUAUUUUUUAAUUUAAUUUCUUGAAACCUGCUAUAAUAACCAUGAGAUAAAGUGGAAUUUUGAAUAUAAUCAACUUAUCUUUCCACUGUUAGUUUGUUAUGUUGAGGUUUUACUAAAAAAAUGUUUACUGUUGUACUAUAUAUGUAUUUUAUAUAGAGAAGUGUGUGCAUAUGUGUGGUGACUUAGAUGUAUGGUCAUACAGUUAACCCUUGUUAUAUCAAAUCCUAUUAUACUGAAUUUUCCAUUUACUGAACAUAACAUGGCUUACUGACUAUUUACCUGAUUUAUUGAACAAAGUGGAGGUGGAACAUUGAAUCAGUGUCAACAGCACUGGGAGAGUGUGAGUGAUUAAAGGUAGGAGGUAAGGAGGAAUAAUGGUGGUGGUGGUGGUGAGCACUCACCGCACUCACCCACAUACCCAAACACUGCCUCUGCCUCAGCCACACAGCAGCAGUUGAAGCGGAAGAUGUAUACACCCCACUCUAGAGUUUUGUGCUUGCUUGGUUCCUUAAAUACAGUGCUAAACUUGAGGAUCACAAAACUUGCAUUAUUGAAAACACAUAAAAAUUCUUGUUUCGGCAAGUUAAAAAAUUGUUCCCCCCC